ACAGAUCUUAAAGUGAAUUAUGAAGCAGAGGAGUUUAUUUUCUAAGCUCUGUUUUGUCCUCUUUCACGUUGCUUCGGUUUCAGCACAAACAUGUAUAAAUGAGAAUGGGUAUUUUCGUCCAAAUGGUACUUACGACACAAACCGCCGGCUCAUCCUCUCUUCACUUCCAUCCAACGUCACGACUCAAGAGGGCCUCUUCUUCAACGGUUCCAUCGGACAAGAACCCAACCGUGUCUACGCAAUGGGGAUGUGCAUCCCUGGAUCAACUUCAGAGGACUGUUCCGACUGUAUCAAAACCGCGUCUGAUGGUUUGAUACAGAAUUGUCUUAACCAAACAAACGCGUUUACGUGGCCUGGUGACCCCACGCUUUGCUAUGUCCGCUACUCCAACACUUCUUUCGUAGGAUCUGCGGAUCUGGACCCGUCUGCAGUGUUCACUAACACAGGAGAUAUCAACUCAAAUCUGACAGAGUUCAGGACAGUAUGGGACGAGUUAGUUGUUGGUAUGAUAAAUGCAGCAUCCACAGCAAAAAGCACACCGUCCUCUAGUAAUAACCAUUACAAGGCUGAUGUUGCAUCCUUGACAGCUCUCGAGAACAUAUACGCUUUGAUGCAAUGCACACCAGAUCUUUCCUCUGGUGAUUGUGAUAACUGUCUGCGGCAGAGCGCAAGGGCCUACCAGGCAUGUUGUGGUCAGAAACAAGGAGGCGUUGUUAUGCGGCCAAGCUGCUUUUUCAGGUGGGACUUGUAUACAUACUCUAAGGCCUUUGAUAAUAUCACUGUGGCUUCUCCUCCUCCUCCUCCUCCUCCUCCUCAUCCUCUUCCUCCUGUGGCUUCUCCUCCUGCAGAUGAUCAGGCCAGCACCACCGAUAAUGGUAGCAAAGGAAUCUCAUCUGGAGUUGCUGCGGCGAUUACAGUCCCAACUGUUGUUACCGUCUUUAUCCUUCUUGUUCUAGGAGUUGUUCUUUGUCGGAGGAGAAAGCCAAUGCAAAGAACUCAAGUUGAAUCUGAUAGUGAUAUUUCAACUACACAUUCAUCUCAAUAUGACUUUAAGACAAUUGAAGCUGCAACAAACAAGUUUUCGAGGAGUAAUAAGCUCGGUGAAGGUGGAUUCGGUGAGGUUUACAAGGGUACGCUUUCAAAUGGAACUGUAGUGGCUGUGAAGCGACUAUCCAAAAAGUCAAGACAAGGGAUAAGAGAGUUCAAGAACGAAGCUGUUCUUGUGUCAAAGCUUCAACACAGGAAUCUUGUCAGGCUUCUUGGGUUUUGUUUGGAAGGAGAGGAAAAGAUUCUGAUCUAUGAGUUUGUCCCCAAUAAAAGCCUUAACUGUUUCCUGUUUGACUCUGAAAAGCAAAACCAACUCGAUUGGACUCGGCGGUACAAAAUAAUUGGAGGGAUUGCUCGAGGAAUACUUUAUCUUCAUCGAGAUUCACAGCUCACAAUCAUACAUCGUGACCUCAAAGCCAGCAACAUUCUCUUAGAUGCCAAUAUGAACCCAAAGAUUUCAGAUUUUGGAUUGUCGACGAUCUUUGGAAUGGAGCAAACUCGAGGCAAUACCAGCAGGAUAGCUGGAACAUAUGGUUACAUGUCUCCAGAGUAUGCAAUGCAAGGUCAGUACUCCAUGAAAUCUGACAUUUACAGCUUUGGAGUCUUAGUUCUCGAGAUUAUAAGUGGCAAGAAAAACAGCGGGGCUUACCUGAUGGAUGAAACUAGUACUACUGGCAACUUGGUCUCUUAUGCUUGGAGGCUUUGGAGAAACGGAUCGCCACUAGAGCUGGUGGAUCCGGCUAUUGGAAGGAACUAUCAGAGUAAUGAAGUCGCUAGAUGCAUCCAUAUUGCUCUCUUAUGUGUACAAGAAAAUCCAGAAGACCGUCCAAUGUUAUCAACUAUCAUCUUGAUGCUCACUAGUAACACAAUCACUCUACCAGUGCCUCGCCUACCAAGAUACAUCCCUCGGAGCAGACACGAGCUGGACUCUGACUCUGAGGGACUAGAAUCAAGUCAAUAUACAGGAAGAUAUGUUGGUCAUUCUGUUAAUGACGUGUCAAUAACUGAAUUAGAGGCUCGUUAAAGAUGGAAGUAUUCUCUACAUGUACAAAUUUGCGUGAUGCUUGUAUAAUCUUAUGUCAUGUAUUCUCUCUGCCUUUGCUCAACUCAGUUUAAAAAUACUUAGCAUUCAUAUAAGUGACUGGAGUAUUCUCCUUUGAGUGCAAAAUCAUAUUCAUUAUAUGAAACAGAACAAAAACAGAUUAUUUAGUACUGUU